CUCACUUUCUUGCCUUCAGUCCUCUCCACCUACCCCUGGACUGCGCAGCCAGGUAACCUAGCCAUCAUCGUCUUCUUUGAGAGAGAGAGCGCGAUGGCGGAGGAGGCAAUUCUAGGAUACCUGGAGUCAAAGGAUGAAAUAUCAGAUUCCGGUCAGUUUGCAACUGAACGUGGACUCGAUCACAACGAGGUUGUCAACGUUAUCAAGAGCCUCCAUGGUUUCAGAUACGUUGUUGCAGAGGACAUCAAAAGAGAGAUGUGGAUACUUACUGACGAAGGAAAUGCAUACACUGUUACCGGGUCACCAGAAGUGCAGCUGUUCCUGGCCAUACCACCUGAGGGUAUCCCCAAAGAAGAGUUGCAGAAAAAGCUGGACCCAUCAGUUUUCAAAAUAGGUAGCGCUCAGGCUGCAAAGAGAAAAUGGGUGGAGAUGGGCAAGCAACUAGUAACCCGAAAGAUCCAACAUGUGGAGGACGAAGUUAAAAAUUUGCUUCUACAGAUACAAGAUGGGCAGGCCAUCAACCAAGAUGAAAUUAAAGCUCUCAAAGCAAGAAAACUUAUUGUUCCACAAACGUGGAAGGGCUACUUGGUUAAAAAGGGCCCCAAUUAUGCUCCAAAGAGAAAGAAAGUAGCUACAGAUUUGACUCGAGAGAAUCUUCAAAGGGGUGAUUGGAAGGAACUAGAGUUCAAAGAGUAUAACUUCAGCGCUAAAGGUCUGCCUAUUGAAAGUGGUCAUCUUCAUCCACUGCUCAAGGUACGACAUCAGUUGAAGGGUAUUUUCAGGCAAAUGGGGUUUGAGGAGAUGCCUACAAACAAUUAUGUUGAGAGCAGCUUCUGGAACUUUGAUGCGCUUUUCCAGCCACAGCAACACCCUGCCCGUGAUUCGCAUGAUACAUUUUUCCUACAAGUUCCUUCAACCACCAAGCAACUGCCUGAAGAUUACGUUGAGCGGGUGAAGCAGAUUCAUGAGUCUGGUGGUUAUCAAUCCCGAGGAUAUGGAUAUGAUUGGAAAAGAGAGGAAGCAGACAAAAAUCUUUUGCGAACUCACACAACCGCUGUUUCCUCCAGGAUGCUGUACGCACUAGCCCAGAAACCAUUUGUGCCCAAAAAGUACUACUCUAUAGAUCGUGUGUUCAGAAAUGAAGCAGUAGAUCGAACACAUCUUGCAGAGUUCCACCAGAUAGAAGGUUUGGUAUGUGAUCGAGGCCUUGCUCUUGGUGACUUGUUAGGAGUACUCAAAGAAUUCUUCUCACGUCUGGGCAUGUCGAAACUGCGUUUCAAGCCGGCUUAUAACCCAUAUACUGAGCCAAGCAUGGAGAUUUUCAGUUACCAUGAAGGCUUGGGGAAAUGGGUAGAGAUUGGAAAUUCGGGCAUGUUUAGACCUGAAAUGCUGCUUCCUAUGGGACUCCCAGAAGAUGUUCGUGUUAUUGCAUGGGGCCUCUCCCUUGAAAGACCGACCAUGAUUCUCUAUGGGAUUGAUAACAUCAGGGAUCUUUUCGGACACAAGGUCGAUCUUGGUCUCAUCAAGAAGAACUCGAUCUGUCGCCUUGGAUUAUAAGCAUUUUCUGUAGCUGUUGCAAGAAUUUUGUUGUACUGCAGUUUGCUCAUUCAAAAUACAAAGAUACUGAGAAUUUAUUGGUUUGCCCCUACUUCUUUUGUGUGAAAGCUUGAAAGGACUUGGCUUGAAAACAUUUGCAUUCGACCAAAAAGAAAAAUGCUAGCUGUUGUGAGGA